GCCGUUUUUCUCGUACUGACGUGGUGACUGGGAGACGAGAGGUGAGGGACGUGAGAAGUGGGAGCCCUUUUUAUAGGGGAAGGGUGGGGCAGUAUGGAGGAGGUGGUGAAUGUGUGUGCACCGAAGGCGUUGACCGCGACAGAAGAAUCUGUGAAUCUGUCGUAGUCGAUCAUCCAGACGGGGACCGCGAUCAGUCCUUUCGGUCCUGCCAGUCCUGUGAUUCUCGUCGCUCGGUUCUGUUUCUGUUUUUUGGUUUUUCCUGACACACCAAGGACUGCAACACCAACUGUAGCAGACUACCACCCACCACCGAGUUUUACUGACCUAGGUACGACAGCAGCGAGAGACUUCCUGCUUUCCCCGUCCAACGUAGUAGAACCUCCGGUGCCUUGAAAUAGUAGUGAACUGGUCGUUUCCGUAAAUCAUGAGUGAGGAUACGGUAGGAACUGUGCCGAAUGGUGAGUCAAAGGAACAAGUAGAGCCUUCCGUUAAGGGAAAAGGCGUUUCUCGGGAAGACGGUGCGCUGAAGGAGAAAAGUCCGAGUACAAAGCGUAAACGGUUGCCUAAUGAUAAAAUUGGACGUCUUCGGGACCGAAUUGAUGAAGACCCGCACGAUUUGGGUGCGUGGUAUGAACUAAUUGGAGAGUAUGGAUCAAAAGGAAAACACGAAGAACUUCGGGACACGUUUGAGCAGAUGCUGCGGCCGUUUCCUUACGUCCCCAAAGUCUGGGUUGACUACAUCAACGCGGAACUCGCUUUUAACGACUUCCAGGCGGUGGAGCUGCUCUUCAGCCGCUGCUUAUUAAAAGUUCUGUCUGUGGACAUUUGCUCGUUGUACCUUGGCUACAUCCGCCGGAUCAACCCCUCCAACGAUGCACAGGCCCGGACAACCAUCUCGCAGGCGUAUGAGUUUGUCAUCGACACGGUCGGUGUUGACAUCGACAGCGGUCCCAUUUGGGCGGACUACAUCGACUUUUUGCGGUCUGCUCCCGCUAAUUCCACCUGGGAGCAGCAACAAAAGCUCGACAGCAUCCGUCGUGUGUACCAGCGCGCCAUUGCAACACCGCUUCUGAACGUCGAAAAGCUUUGGAGAGACUAUGACACUUUUGAAAACAGCAUUAAUCGCGCUACGGCCCGCAAGUUUCUGGCUGAAAAGUCACCUUUGUACAUGAAUGCGCGCACGGCAAUGCGCGAGCUUUCACACAUGUUGCAGGGUCUCCGUGUGUACGACCACACCUUCCGUCGUUCGUUUACUCCCCAAGAGUCUGAAGCGUAUCGGCGCUGGUACCACUGGGCACAGUGGGAGAUGAAGGACCCGCUUGAUCUGCGUGCCGGAAAGCCUUUGCAGACACGAGUAACGUAUGCAUUCGAGCAAGCGAUGCUCUACAUCCCGCUCUCUCCUCGCAUCUGGCUGGAUGCUUUCUCCUACUUUAUUGAGAUCAAUGAGGAACAGCGUGGCCUGCAAGCCCUGCGCCGUGGCAUGCGCUACUGUCCCUCGAGUUUUCUGCUGCGUGUGCGCUUUGCCGAACAUGAGGAAGCUAACAAACGAAUGGGCGAGGUUCGUUCCACUUACGAGAGUCUCAUACAGGCCCUUGGUCAGGAAAUUCAAAAAAUACCCGUGCCUGCUGAAAACGAUCCUAACCGGGCCAAGGUCCCGCAUGAGCUCCUGCGAAAGCGCGAGAGUCUGAUCCACCAACACAGUAUGGCUUGGGCUUGUCACAUGAACGCCGCUCGUCGUAUUGAAGGCAUUAAGGCUGCUCGUGCUGUGUUCACCAAGGCUCGGAAAGCUGCUAAUCAAUCGUACGAAGUGUACAUCGCUAGUGCGAUGAUGGAGCAUUAUUGUUCCAAAGACAGUGGAAUUGCUAGCAAAAUUUUUGAGCUGGGACUAAAGUACUUUGGCAAUACUCCCGAGUAUGUUUUGACCUACCUGGACUAUCUAAUUUUUAUGAAUGACGAUACGAAUGCACGUGCCUUGUUCGAAAAGGCAAUUGCAAAGCUUGCUCCAAAGGAUGCUCGACUCAUCUACAAAAGAUGGCUUGACUAUGAAAGCAAGUACGGCGAUUUAAAUGCGGCCUUGCAACUUAGUCAACGAAUGUCGGUCGUUUAUCCCGACGAGACGCCUCGGGAUAUAUUUCUCUCACGUUUUGGAAUUGCUGAUGAUGAUACUAUUAACUUUGUUCCCUCGACGCCCUUGCAUCCGGGUGAGGCACCUCAAGCGCUUGGUGAGGUGCCGGUAAUCAAUGUGAAACGGUCAACAAAGUCGCCAGAAGUCGCUAAAGAAAAGCCUCUCCUUCCGGAAGGUACGGCAGAUGAAUCGGACAACGAGUCGACUACGUCUGUGUCGUCGUCCUCUUCUUCUGAAAUUGCCGAACUCGAAGAUACCCGGCUUCUUCCCGCAUCUCAAGAAAAUGCUUCGUUCUACGCAACGAAGCCACCGUCUAUCCCCACUUCUAAGGAACCUUCCUUCCCUCCAGUUAUCCUUGAUUUGCUAGCUCAGUUACCGCCGCCCCAUUUGUUCCAAGGUGCCCGUUUCGAUUCGAGAAAGUUGAUUCAGUUGAUUGCCAAUUCCACCAUCCCUACUAUGACUCCAGCAGACAUUGCUUCUAAAAUAAAACGCGCCCGUCACAUAUAAUGUGUGUGUCCUUAGUUUUAGUUUUUUUUUUAAUACCUAUUGCGGCGGUGCCCGCUUCCUCCCCAUUUUGGAAUAUCCAUUGCCUUCAGUUUUUAUGUGCUUCUUGUUACUUUCUCUCCCUGUUUGUCACUUUCUUUCCCGUGGUUUUCCAAACCGUCAUCCAGUGUGAUUCUUGUUCAAGCCUCGAGCCUUGUAUAUAACUAUUAACUAAGCAAGAUUUACAUAUCCAAAAGUGGCCCAACGUAGACGAGCACCCUUGUCCUAAGAAAGUACCCGCUAGUAGUUAUAUAUUUAUAUAUAUAUAAGUGAUUGUGCGUAAGGA